AUGUACUCGGCCAACUAUGGCUUCGGUAAUGGGCCCUUCAACCAGGCGGCGCAGCAGCAGCAGCAGCAGCAACCGCAACAGCAGCCGCCGCCGCAGCAAGCUCUGCAGUCGCAACCACAGCAGCAGCAGCCGCAGCAGCAACACCAACAUCAACCACAACCACCACAGCAGCAGCAGCAGCCGCAGCAGCCGCAGCAGCAGUCCCAACAGCAACCGCAACAGCAGCAGCAACAUCCCCAGCAGCAGCCCGGUCCGGCCAUGAUGUACAAUCAGCAGCAGCAGCAGCAGCAGCAGUACGCCGGCAUGGGUCCUCAGCCUGGCUUCGUGCCCGUGCCCAUGUCCCCCUACGGCCAGCCGUUCCCAGGUGCCGCCUACGGCCAGAUGGUGCCGCAGGGCGCGGCGCCCCAGAACUUCGCGCCCGGCGGCAACUACAUGAUGGCCCAGGGCAUGCAGCCUUUCCCCGUCAACCAGGGCGGCAUGCCCCCGCAGCAGGCCCAGGUGAUGCAGCGCAUGCAGGCUCAGGCCCAGGCCCAGGCGCAUGCCCAGGCUCAGGCCCAGGCCCAGGCACAUGCUCAGGCCCAGGCUCAGGCCCAGGCGCAUGCCCAGGCCCAGGCUCAGGCUCAGGCGCAUGCCCAGGCCCAGGCUCAGGCUCAAGCGCAGGCACAGGCUCAAGCGCAGGCCCAGGCGCAGCAGCAAGGACACCCCGUCAUGGGUCAGUCGACGACGCCGCAGCGGCCGUCAAGCGCCCAGCAAGGCACCAACAACGGCGCGGUGCAGUCGCAAUUCUCGACGCCGCAGCCCGCGUCGCAGAACCACACACCGAACAGCGCCUCCCAGCCGGCAGGCGGGGCCACGACGCCGCAAACGCCCACCUUCUCGGCCAACCACGGCGGCGUCGGCGGCGGGCCCACGAUGGCGUUGGCGGCGCCCAUGAGCCCCAUGACCGAGUCCCGUGAGCGGGAGCGCUUCUCCCUCCUGCUGGACAUCAACCACGAGCUGCUGUACGAGUCGAUACAGAUCCAGACGACGCAACAGGAGCUCAGGAAGGAGAACGGGGCGGCGCCGGCGGCGGGCGGGAAGGCUGGCGAGGAGGAGAACCUCUUCCAGCAGGACUACGUGCAGUGCAUGCGUCGACUGCAGGCCAACCUCGCGUACAUGGCGGCGUUGGCGGAUCGGAAGCCGGAUGUCAAGCUGCCUCCGUGCCCGGCCUACAUCAGCGCGCCCCCGCUGAACCUCUCGCUGAGGCCUCGGGCGGCACCCAUCGUCGGCGGUGACAGCGCGGGCGUGGGCGGCGACGGCGACCUGGACCCCGUGGCCGACCGGGCGGAGCGAGACAAGUCGAUCCGAGAUCUGUACGCCCGCCUGCAGGCCGUCUUUCCCGGAAUCGACCCGCGAAAGGAGCCAGCGUACGGAAAGCUGUCGGCGGGGCAGAAGCCGCCGUCGAACCUGGCCAGCCCGACGGUGCAGCAGGCGCCCCAGAUGGCGAACAUGCUGCCGGCACAGGCCGGCAACCUCAACCUAGGCGGCUUGUAA